AUGCUUGCAGUUAACAAUGGUCGGUCCUCAGGCGAAGACGAAACCGAAGAUGAUAUCUUGGAGAAGCUCGGCUACAAGCAAGAGCUCAAGCGCUCCUUUGGCGUGUUGGGGAUGAUUGGCUUCAGCUUCAACAUCGUGAGCAGCUGGUCAGCUCUCGCAGGCGUGUUGAUCAUUGGCGUGCAAAGUGGAGGGCCUCCAGUCAUGAUCUACAGUUGGCUGGGAGUCUGCACUCUUACGCUGACUGUGGCGUAUUCGAUGGCAGCCAUGAGUGCCACAGUCAAUUUUUUCGUUGCGAAUUUCGCUCUUGGAAUGGCAACUCUCUCGUAUCCCGAAUAUGUGAUAGAACGAUGGCACGUCGUCUUGCUCACAUGGUUGGUCAUGCUUUUCAGCGUAACGUUGAAUAUUUUCAGCCGGAAGCUGUUCGAUCGCCUGUCGACAUACAUACUCUUCUGGAACAUCAUAUCCCUCAUUGCAAUCCUCAUCACAAUACUAACUACCAACCAAGAUAAGAAACCAGCUCGCUUUGUAUUUUCUGACUUCCAAAAUUUUACUGGCUUUGGUGCUAGUUAUGCCGCAAUUAUUGGCCUUCUUCAAAGUUGCUUCGGCAUGUGUUGCUAUGAUGCACCGGCCCACAUGACAGGUAAGAUAUUGCCCACAACGAUCUGUAGACACCCGAAAUCGUCUACACAAGCUGAUAAAGUGAUAGAGGAGAUGAAGAAUGCAUCGAAAGAUGCACCGAAAGCCAUAGUCACGUCAGUGUACAUUGGUGCGGUUACAGGCUUCGCCUUUCUUAUCGCGGUAUCUUUUUGCAUUGGCGAUGUAGAAGCAACAGCGAAAUCCGUCACUGGCGUGCCAUUCAUUCAGAUACUUUAUGACUCCACCCAUUCAGUAGUGGGAACCUGCUUUCUAACGUCAAUGGUCCUUUUCGCUACAUUUGUUGGCACCACAUUCUUGACGGCUGAGUCCUCGAGGACAUUAUACGCAUUUGCUCGAGACAAUGGCUUACCCUUCUCGAGAGUCUUUGCAAAAGUGGCGGCGAAGCAACAAGUCCCCAUCAACGCAGUCCUCCUAUCGGGCUUAGUGCAACUGAUUUUGAACGCAAUCUACUUUGGCACGCUUACAGGCUUCAAUACUGUAAUCGCCAUCGCAACUGAAGCUUUCUACCUCUCCUAUGCGAUGCCAAUACUAGCGCGCAUUCUUGCAUUCGUCACUGGCCGGGUCCAGCAUCUACCAGGACCUUAUUCACUUGGACGAUACAGUAUUGCGACUAAUCUUGUGGGUCUUAUAUUUCUAACAUUUUGUGCUGUUACUUUCAACUUUCCAACGCUGGCUCCCGUGGAGAAGGACAAUAUGAACUAUACAAGCGCAGCUCUUGGUGUUAUCGGAUUGAUCAGCCUCGUAAACUGGAUCACUACAGGCCGGAAGAAAUUUAAAGGACCACAAAUAACGAAAGGUGAUGCCCCCGUGCUUGCACCUGGCACGUAUACUGGGCGACUCUCAAACUCGAUUUAUAAUGAGGCUAAGGUAUAA